GGAGCGCACAGGGCGGUGGCAGCGGCGGCGCAUUCGGCACCAUGUCGUACCCCGGGCACCCUGGUGCUGGCGGCGGGUACUAUGCAGGCGGGUACGGAGGGGCUCCCGGAGGACCCUCGUUUCCUGCACAAACUCAGGAUCCUCUCUACGGGUACUUUGCUGCCGUAGCUGGACAGGACGGGCAGAUAGAUGCUGAUGAGCUGCAGCGGUGCCUGACGCAGUCCGGCAUUGCCGGAGGCUACAAACCUUUCAACCUGGAGACUUGUCGCCUUAUGGUCUCCAUGCUGGAUAGAGAUAUGUCUGGCACCAUGGGUUUCACUGAAUUUAAAGAACUCUGGGCCGUGCUGAAUGGCUGGAGACAACACUUCAUCAGUUUUGACAGCGACAGGAGUGGAACCGUGGAGCCACAGGAGUUGCAGAAGGCGCUGACAGCAAUGGGAUUCAGGUUGAGUCCGCAGGCUGUGAACGCAAUUGCAAAACGGUACAGCACCAACGGCAAGAUCACCUUCGAUGACUACAUCGCCUGCUGUGUCAAGCUGAGGGCCCUCACAGACAGCUUUCGAAGACGGGAUACUGGUCAGCAAGGUGUUGUGAAUUUCCCGUAUGAUGACUUCAUUCAGUGCGUCAUGAGUGUGUGACCCUGGAGGAAGCGGGUGCGCCGUGCUGCCUUCCGCCUUCCGGCCGGAGCUUGCUCCUGCCCACGCUGACGCCUGGCCUCCGUGACAGGUGGGAACCUGCACCACUGCUAUGCUCACCGCUGUUGUAAAGCUGUUGUGUUUAGUUUUGAUAAUAAAUUCUUUGGAACUUGACAAAUAGAAGAUCUGUUAUACCGUUUGGAACUUCCUGGAGCCAUUCCAAGUCACACCUUAUUUUCCUGCUCUCUCAUUUAUCUAACCUUAUAUAUGCAACAUGUUGAAGGCGCGUUAUUUGUUUUUCAUUGAGAGAUUCUAAAAAUCAUGAAUUGGACGACACCGGUUAUCUUUGCUCUCCUAGGCAGGCUUUCAUAUAGUGUCGACAGUAUGCAAUACUCUGGUGUAAAUGAUUUAGCUCCACUUGAAUGCAAAACAUAAGUCAUCCAUGUUCACCUACGGGAAACUGAGUCAGGCUUGAAGACUUCCACAUGUUUUGAUGACUUUUUGAACAGACAACAUGAGCGAUUAGUUUUUGACUCUUUAAAGCCUAUUUUGAGGAGUGAGCAUUGAAGUGCGCCCCCACAUCCCAUGUAGGGGUGCUGGUUCAAGUUCCAGCUACUCUGUGUCUGAUCCAGCUUUCUGGUUGCAGCCUGGGCCGGGGGACAGCAGGCAAUGGUUCAAGUACUUGGGCCUUUGCUUCCCUGAUGGAGCUCCUGGCUGCUGGCUUUGACCUGGCCCAGUCCUUGCUACUGAGAACAUUUAGGGAAUCAACCAGUGGAUGGAAGAUACCUCUCUUUCUCUCUCACUCUUCAAGUAGAUGGAAAUAAAGGAUAAACAUUUCAAAAAGAAUCCCUAUUUGAUUACUUCAGUAACAUGCUGUCUGCACCAACUCCUCCUUCCUCAUCAUCCAUUUACACCUGUUAACUGUACUUCUAAAUCUUGUACAUUAGAAACUGAAAUAUGUAAAAAAAAAAAUGACAAGAAAAGACUAAGGGAAAAUAGGAAAAUGUUAACUACAGCUAAUUUUUGCUAAUGCAAUUCUGGGUCUCUUGAAUUUCCUUGUACAUUUCAGUGUUUUCCAAAUUUACUAUAAUAUAUAUGUGUUCCUUCUAAAAUGCUAAUUUUUUAAAUAAUAUACCAAUUUGGGUAUGCCAUGUUUUCAUGCUUUAAAACAUAAACAAAAAUACUAGGAGUGAUCUGGCUCCCACUGGGAGUCUGGAUCAUGAGUUUGUUUUUUCCUACUCCUUGUUCGAAUAUUUUCUAACAAGCAGGUAUUACAUUUAUAAUGGAAAUUUUUAUUUAUUUUUUUGAGAGACAAGCUCCCAUCCACUAGUUCCCACUUCAAAUGCUGGGGCUGGGCCUGGUUGACAUUGGGAGCCAGGAACACAACCCGGGUGUCCCAUGUGGAUGGUGGGAACCCAGUUACUUGAGCCAUCACUGAUGUAGUCCUCAUGGGCUGGAACCAGAGUGAGGAACCCAGCACAGGUACUCGGUGUGAGACAGGGACAUCGUGACCGCGAGGCUCACGGCUGCUCUGCACCCUGCCCCAGCACACACUGAUUCUGUAAUCACAGGCAUUCCAGGAAGCUCUGGAUUCUAAUCCUGUUUGUGCCUCUUAACUUGAUGUGGUCAUUGUAGAUGACCUGGAGCCUCAGUUCCUCCAUCAUUGGAAGGAAGUUAAGGCUUACCUCCUGGGCCGUUCUAAGUAUGAAAUAUGUUGAUUUAAAAAGGAUCAACAAUGUUUCUAUGUCUUAAAUUUAAAACUGUUUUGGUUUGCCUUUUUACUGCAAUAUAGUUAUACAGCAAAGUGAAUUCACUCAAAGUGAACUGAGUUUAUUUUCUCCUACUGGCAGAGUGCUUUUUUAGGGCACAGUGCUUGAGUUAAUGAAUAGUUAAAUGAGUUAGAUGAUUAGUUGCCAACAAAUGAAAAUUAAAAUUUUUUCUAAGCAUCUCUAGUCUCAUUUCACUAAUGUACAUUUUUAAAAUAUUGCUAUAUACAUGGAUAUUCUCUGAUUUGAUGUGUAUUUAUGCAACCCUGACAUUUAAUUCAGGUAAUUCUGGCCAGGUGACAAAUCAGCACUGUGGAUGUUGGAUGCCACGUAGUCAAUCCAGCUUGCAUCCCAGAUACACUGCCUGAGGCCAUGCGGCGUGGAGUGAGCCUGGACUGUCCAGUAAAGGGCCAGAGCGGAUGCCCAGAGGUCCGGGGGCAGGGAGCUCCCCUUCAGAGUCCAUCCCAAUACCUGCUCUUUGGCUUAAACUCUCCAGGCUCCUCUGAGUAAAUUAGAGUUUAAGGAAAUGGGAAUUUCCCAAGUAGAAGCAGGAAAGUAGAAGGCGUUGGCUGACCGAGGCCUCAGGCCACAUGGGAACUGCCCUAUUGCUUGGUAAAUCCCAAGGAUGCUCAGUCAGUCGUGGUUCUGAUUCUGUUUUUGGGGAAGUGCUGAAGUAUCACAAAACCAUGCCUCUGGAAACACCUUGCCUCACCUCCUGCACAGCUGCUUCCAACAGCCGGGGGCUUCGGUCUUUGGGAAGUCCCUGCUGUUAGGUGGUUUCCUUUGCUUGACAAAUUUGAUGAAGUCACCCCUGUUCCUUUUUUUUUUUUCUUUGAGAUUUGCCUUGAAAAAGUUACAGAGAGCUCUUCCAUCCACUGGUUCACUCCCCAGUCAGCUGCAACAGCCAGGGUUGGGCCAGGCUGAGCCAGGAGCCAAGAACCAGAAGCUUCUGGGUUUCCCACUUGAGUGGUAGGGGCCCAAGCACUUGGGUCAUCCUCUACUACUUUCCCAGGCACUUUGCCGGAGAGCUGGAUAGGAAAUGGAACAGCUGGAGUCCUUAUGGGAUGCCGGCAUCACAGGCGGUGUGGUUUGACCCGAUGCGCCAGUGCCGGUCCUCACCCCAUUCCUUUAAUUGCAGUGUCUGUUACUGAAUCUCCGUCAUCUGUGUCUAUUGUAUGUGGUUCUGUGUCUCACUGUGCGCUCCCACUGCAGCCUCACCCACAUCUUUCAAACUGUUUCUUUGGUAAAGGCAUCCAGGUGAACAUGGGAAAGCGGUGAGCUCAAAUUUGCAUACUUCAACUGCUUGGAGACCUAAUUUCCAUGAAUCACACCAAAGCAGAAUUUAAUGUUGUUUGGUCUCAUGCUUCAAGAGAUGCAUGGUUUACUUAACACGUUCACCUGCAUGGGACCAUGGCUGCCUGGGCCUGGUGCCACCAGGGGAUAACGAGUGUGGAUCUGCACCACAGGAGACAUUGACCGAAGCCCUCACUCCCAUGGGUCCACGCUGGAGCUGGAGCUGCGCUUAGCAUGAUGACCUCAUCAAAUUCCAGGCAGUAUCUGGUCCAUGAGCUCAGCCUUCCACUGUCUCCCAGCUGAACUCCGCUUUGGCUCAGUAGAGUGUGUUACUCUUGCAGAGUUCAUCUGAAUGUAUUAUUCUCCGCCUAACACACUGCAAAUAGAAGAAAUGGAGCUGUAUGCCAUCACCAUCAGGCUUUGUUGUUUUUUAACCUCUUAAUAAAUGGACAAACCCUUUG